AUGGUUUACAUGAGUCUCGUGUCUGCGGCGUUCGCCUUCCUUUGCCUUGGCGCCAGUUCCGCAGCGCCUGUCACUAACGAUCGCUCUGUGAUUUGGAUGGUAAUAGAUUACCCGAUGAUUGACUUCGGAGUCCAGGUUGAAUAUUGCGAUGAUGGAUCCUCCCAAGAAUGCGACUUCCAAAGUGUAAACAUGGACGAGUGCACUGCGUUGAACAAUGCGUGA